UCUUUGAGCCCUGACUCCUGCAUACAGCCUCCUGCAGCCCCCCUGCGCUGUGCUCUCACCUCGUCCUUAGACUCUACAGCAGAGCUUCUGUCUGCUCUGAGCUCAGAGGAGAGAGAGCUGCUGGGAGCUAUCACUGCCCGGGGAUACCCUCUCCGUACCGCCAUCAUCGCCCUGCAGAAAACAGGCCGGCAGACUCCAGACCAGAUCCUGAGUUACCUGGUGGCCUGUGACCACCUGUGUCAGCUGGGUUAUGACAUGGCUCUGGUAGAAGAGGCUCUGGAGAUGUUCCAGAACUGUGAGACAAAGGCUGAGGAGUUCCUGCAUCUGCUUAGUCAGUUCAACGAGAUGGGCUUCCAGCAGAACGCCAUCAAAGAGGUGCUGCUGGUCCAUGAAAACCACAGAGAGCGCGCGCUGGAGGAGCUGAUGAUGCGAGUGGCAUGACGUUUACAUUAAUAUAGUCAUUUACCGUAGGAGAAUGUGAAAAUAAUAUUACAGCUGAAUAUAGACGGUGGCCUUCUAGCUGAACAGUGGUGGACAAAGUACACUGAGUCCUGAAAGUAGAGAUACUCCUGGUCAAAUGUUACUCCAAUAAAAGUGAAAGUUGCUCAUUCACAUGAUUCAUUCAUUUAUUCAGAACUGGAGUACUUGCUUUGAAAUAUAUUCAAAUAUUUAAACUUCCUUUUAAAAAAUGAAAAAUAUUGCUGCAUUUUCAGAAUGUAUGAGUGCCGUCAAGAAUACAUGUAGGUGUACGUUUUGCUGUGUUCGGUUUAUUUAGAAAACAUUAUUUACAUUUUUCAAACACUGAGGGAUACAGAUUUGCAGAUUGGUUGCUCCCAAACAACCAAAAAAACAAAACAAUCAAAAAGACAUGGUGAGCAGGGAAAAUGUCAGCCAAGCUUUAUACAGUGAACAUUCACAUUUCAAACAUGGGCUAAACAUAUAUCACCAUGGGUGCUCAGGUAAAGAAUCAUCAACCACCAUUACCACUAAAUGCACUGCUGAUUGACCUUUGCUCGUGUUUGCUCUACAUUCAACCGCGGAGACACAGGAUGUACACAGGCAACACCGCUUACACAAACCACACUCAGAACUACACGAACACAGUUUAUUGUCUUACUGAUCAAAUUCAUCAGCUGAAUUCAGAGCACAAGAAGCGAGUAAAGAGAAGAUUCAUAGAAACGUAGAGGAGUCAAAAGUAUGGUAUUUGUCUUUCAAUUGUAGUGGAGUAAAAGUCACAAGUUUCCCCCAAAAUAAUACUCAAGUAGAGAACAGACACAGAAAAAAACAAGUAAAUGUACUUUGGUACUGUCCACCACUGAAGCUCAGUGAUGUUUAUUACAGUUGUGUGGAGGAACAUGAUGAUGAUAGUGAUAAGCCAACGUUUCCAUUCAUGUAUUUAUUAACUUUUGAUUACAGUCACACUCUGUGUCAGUGUAUUGUGUUAUCUUAUCAAUGUGAAAUGAUGUGAACAGU